AUGUCUGAGAAUCCAGUACAGGCCUUAUUUUAUAACUUUGAGAAAGUCGCAAAUUUCCUUCAACAUCACGUAUCUAAUUUUAUAGGCCAUCAUAUCCAGAUACCAGGAGCCUCUGGCAGAGGCUCUGUCAAUGCCUCCAUCAAAGUCCCACUACAACCCCGUGAUCCUGUUGUCAAGGGUAAGUCCUCUGCCCCUGUGACUAAAGAAGAGCUUGGAAGGGCUACAUGGACUUUUCUUCACACUCUUGCUGCUCAGUAUCCAGACAAUCCUACAAGACAACAGAAGAAGGAUGUAAAAGAACUGGUACAGAUCUUGUCUCGAAUGUAUCCUUGCAGUGAAUGUGCAGAUCACUUUAAAGAAGUUCUUAGAUCAAAUCCUGUACAGUCAGGGUCACAUGCUGAAUUUUCUCAGUGGCUAUGUCAUGUGCAUAAUGUUGUCAAUAGAAGCAUCGGCAAACCAGUAUUUCCCUGUGAACGAGUUGAUGCAAGGUGGGGAAAACUCGAGUGUGAGCAGAAAGCAUGCGAGAUUAUUGGAAGAAGAUUGUUAUCUUGUGGCCUUGUACCAGAGCAUGCAAGUAAGUUAUGUUAG